AUGGCUCGCGCCGGGGCUCUGCCCGGAGACUGGCCCCGGGAGGCGGCGGCAGGAGACGCCUCCUGCCGCAGGGAGGACGAGGCGCGGGACGCGCUCUCCCUGGAGCAGAUCCUGAGGCUCUACAACCAGCCCAUCAACGAGGAGCAGGCGUGGGCCGUGUGCUACCAGUGCUGCGGCUCCCUGCGGGCCCGGGGCCGCCGCCGCGAGACCCCCGCCGCCAGGGCGGAGGUGGCCUCCCACGUCCGCAUCUGGAAGGACGGAGCCGUCACCCUGGAGCCGCCCAGUGGGGCUUCCCCUCCGGCAGCAGGUAAAUCAGGACGUUCACACUGCACAGAAACAGAGAUUAUUGAAUCACUGGGGAUUAUUAUUUAUAAAGCUCUGGACUAUGGCUUGAAGGAGAAUGAAGAGCGAGAACUAAGUCCUCCCUUGGAGCAGCUUAUAGAUCACAUGACCAAUACCGUGGAGGUAGAUGGGAGUAAAGAUGAAGGCUAUGAGGCUCUGGAUGAAGGCGUGGAGGAAGAUGAAGAUGAAAAAGAGGAAGUUGAGGUCAUUCACUCCUAUAAAGAUGUCAUGAAGUUAUGUGCUGCCCAUCUACCAACCCGAUCAGAGGCACCAAACCACUAUCAGGCAGUAUGUCGGGCACUAUUUGCUGAAACAAUGGAGUUGUACACAUUCCUGGCCAAAAUUAAAAGUGCAAAAGAGAAUCUGAAGAAGAUUCAGGAAAUGGACAAAGAAAGGAGUGAUGAAUCCAGCACAGACCUUGAUGAGUUGAAAAAUGCUGACUGGGCCCGCUUUUGGGUACAGGUGAUGCGAGAUUUGCGGGACGGUGUUAAACUUAAGAAGGUUCAAGAGCGUCAGUAUAAUCCACUUCCAAUAGAAUAUCAGCUCACGCCCUAUGAAAUGCUAAUGGAUGACAUUAGAUCCAAACGCUAUACCUUAAGGAAGGUUAUGGUCAAUGGGGAUAUUCCACCUCGAUUAAAAAAGAGUGCUCAUGAAAAAAUCCUGGAUUUCAUCCGAUCACGGCCCCCAUUAAAUCCUGCCUCUGCAAGAAAACUGAAACCAACCCCACCACGGCCACGCAGCCUCCAUGAAAGGAUACUGGAGGAAAUCAAGGCAGAAAGAAAGCUGCGCCCUGUCUCACCAGAUGAGAUCAGGCGUAGCAGGCUAGCAAUGCGGCCACUUAGCAUGUCUUACAGUUUUGACCUGUCAGAUGUAUCCACACCAGAGGCCUCAAGAAAAUUAGCAGACAGCUCUGUAGUAAAUGGUGGCUUGACACCACAAGCAAAGGUGAAUGGCGUCAGCACUACCCAAGUGACAAUGCAGCGAAAGAGACUCCUUAAAGCCCCUACGUUGGCUGAACUGGAUAGCUCGGAUUCAGAGGAGGAGUCUAUGCACAAAUCAGCAAGCAGCAGCAGUGUCUCUCCUUCCCAAAUGGAAGACUCCUUUCAAGAGACCACCUCUGGUAGAAAGAUGCCUCCGAAGUUUUUGCCAAUAUCAUCCACACCACAGCCAGAGAGGCGUCAACCACCACAGAGGCGACACUCCAUUGAAAAAGAAACGCCGACUAACGUGAGGCAGUUCCUACCACCUUCAAAACAGAGCUCCAGGUCACUUGUUCCUAGGAUAACCAGGUUUUUUCCAAGGACGACUUUCAGACCAUUUUUUUCAACCAUACAAACAGCUUCUCUGCUCAGCUCUCAUCCCUUUGAAGCAGCCCUGGUUGGAGUGGCAAGGGCUAUGUAUUAUCUGUGUGACAGAGCUUUUACCAGCAGGUGGAAACCCCCAAAGGAGGAAUUUUGUUACCCAGUGGAAUGUCUGGCCCUGACAGUGGAGGAAGUCAUGCACAUUCGUCAGGUGCUGGUGAAAGCAGAGCUGGAAAAGUACCAGCAGUAUAAAGAUGUCUACACUGCCCUCAAAAAAGGAAAGCUCUGUUUCUGUUGUCGAACAAGGAGGUUUUCUUUCUUCACCUGGUCCUACACCUGUCAGUUUUGUAAGAGGCCUGUAUGUUCACAGUGUUGCAAAAAGAUGCGGUUGCCAUCAAAGCCAUACUCCACCCUUCCUAUCUUCUCUCUGGGACCUUCUGCUUUGCAGAGAGGAGACAGUUUUAUGAGACCAGAAAAACCCUCCACCAGUCACCACCGGCCGCUUAGGAGCACGUCCAGGUUGUCCACAAAGUCUAAGUCUGUGGAUAAAUCAAAUGAAGAUCUACAGUUUCCCAAAGAGUUAAUGGAGGACUGGAGCACCAUGGAGGUGUGUGUGGACUGCAAAAAGUUUAUUUCAGAAAUCAUCAGCUCAAGCCGGCGCAGCCUCUCUCUGGCCAACAAACGAGCCAGGUUAAAAAGGAAAACACAGUCGUUCUACAUGGCAUCACCAGGCACCUCUGAAUACUGCCCUUCUGAGAGAACUAUCAAUGAGAUCUGA